CUACGGUUUUUGCAUUCCCCCGUCAACAAGCUUUGAUCGGACGUUUUCCCCAAAUUUUCCUUUUACGGACAUUUAUCGUUACCAUCUUCAAUCUUCACGGAGCUCACUUGAAGGCCGAAUUUUUGUUAAAGCUUAUGGGAAAUCUGUAUCCAGGAACGUAUCUUGAGCUUCCUUGAAUUUCCUUUUACGGCAAAUUUCAUCUGGUUUUGAUUAGAAAGUAUGAACUUGUCGGUGAAGAACAACUACGAGAAUCAAAGAAUUUGUUGACUUCUGUCUCUACCUGAUCGGGUUGAGAGCGAUGGAGUUUGCUUCUCUGUUUAAUUUCAGCAUUCGGAAACCAUAUGAAGCUCUGUUUUGGAUUUGUGCUGUUCUACUGGUGCGGAAUAGUAAAGGCUCCUCGUCGUAUUCCAACUAUUUGAUCGGACUUGGAAGCUACGAUAUCACUGGACCAGCGGCGGAUGUUAACAUGAUGGGAUAUGCUAACAUGGAACAAAUUGCUGGUGGAGUUCAUUUCAGAUUGCGAGCUCGUACAUUUAUUGUCGCGGAGCCGCAGGGUGAGAGGGUGGUAUUUGUUAAUCUCGAUGCUUGCAUGGCCUCGCAGCUGGUGACAAUCAAGGUGCUUCAGAGAUUGAAGGAAAGGUAUGGAGACCUUUAUACUGAAAAAAAUGUAGCCAUUAGUGGAAUACAUACACAUGCCGGACCAGGUGGUUAUCUCCAGUACAUUGUUUACAUAGUGACAUCUCUUGGAUUUGUGCGACAGUCAUUUGAUGUUCUUGUAAAUGGUAUUGAGAACAGCAUUAUUCAAGCUCACGAGAAUCUGCGCCCUGGCUCUAUUUUCAUAAACAAAGGAGAGCUUUUAGAUGCAGGUGUGAACCGCAGCCCUAGUGCAUAUCUCAAUAACCCUGCAGAAGAGCGCCAGAAAUACGACUACAAUGUUGACAAGGAGAUGACACUAUUGAAAUUUGUGGAUCUAGAAUGGGGUCCUAUUGGUAGCUUUAAUUGGUUUGCAACUCAUGGAACUUCUAUGAGUCGUACAAACUCAUUGAUUAGUGGGGAUAACAAAGGUGCUGCUGCACGAUUCAUGGAGGAUUGGUUUGAGAAAAAAUGUGGGAUCGCCUCAGAUCUUGAUAUAUCUGUAGAGGACACAAUCCCUCGAAGGGUCUCAAACAUAAUACCUGACCUUUUCAUCAAUCAUCACGAGUUACUUGAGCUUGCUGCAUCUUUCCAAUCUCCUUCUGGUAGACCAGCAACCAGGAUUCUAAGUUCUUCAAGGCGUGUCAGGGGUGCCCUCAGGAAUGCUGAUAAACCUCAAUUUGUGUCAGCAUUUUGUCAAUCAAAUUGCGGUGAUGUUAGCCCAAAUGUUCUUGGUGCCUUCUGUAUAGAUACUGGACUUCCAUGUGAUUUCAAUCACAGUACCUGUGAUGGGAAGAAUGAGUUAUGCUAUGGCCGAGGACCAGGUUAUCCUGAUGAAUUCGAAAGCACACGGAUUAUAGGAGAGAGACAAUUCAGAAAAGCAGUUGAUCUGUUUAGUAAUGCACUAGAACAGUUAAAAGGAAAGGUUGACUUUCGACACACAUACGUAGACUUCUCUAAGCUUGAGGUCACUCUUGAACGUGGAGGAACUACUGAAGUGGUACAAACAUGUCCUGCUGCAAUGGGGUACUCAUUUGCUGCUGGAACCACUGAUGGACCCGGUGCCUUUGAUUUUGAGCAAGGAGAUGACAAGGUAAUAAUUACAUUAAUUGGUAGUUAUUACAGUAUGAAUGAUUCCAUCUAUGGACUCUCACCAUCCUUCUUUACCUCAAUGAUGUUAAUUUAUCAGGGAAAUCCAUUUUGGAGGAUCAUACGUAACUUUUUAAAGACACCAAAGAAGGAACAAGUUGAUUGUCAACGGCCAAAGCCCAUCUUACUGGAUACUGGUGAAAUGACAAAACCGUAUGAUUGGGCUCCGUCAAUACUUCCCAUCCAAAUCCUCCGAGUGGGGCAGCUUAUCAUUCUUGGAGUACCUGGAGAAUUUACGACAAUGGCUGGGAGGCGCCUUCGUGAUGCUGUGAAAACAGUGCUAACGGAUGGAAGUAAAAGUGAAUUGAGUGGUGACGUUCAUAUUGUUAUUGCGGGAUUAACAAAUUCUUACUCACAGUAUGUCACCACUUUUGAAGAGUACCAAGUUCAGAGAUAUGAGGGUGCCUCUACACUAUACGGUCCUCAUACUCUAAGUGCCUACAUUCAAGAGUUUAAGAAGCUUGCCCAUGCGCUCAUAGAUGGCCAAGCAGUUGGUGCAGGGCCACAACCUCCAGAUUUACUGAAUAAACAGAUAAGCCUACUACCGCCUGUUGUGAUGGAUGCAACUCCUCGUUCAGUUAAAUUUGGGGAUGUAAAGUCUGAUGUUCCCAAGAAUUCCACCUUCAAUAGAGGUGAUAUGGUGACAGUUACCUUUUGGUCGGCCUGUCCUCGGAACGAUCUCAUGACUGAAGGUACAUAUGCAUUGGUGGAGGUUCUUCAUGACAAAAAACUGUGGGUUCCAGCCUACGACGACGACGAUUUCUGCCUGCGUUUUAAGUGGUCGAGACCGUUCAAGCUUAGCAGUCAAAGCUAUGCAACCAUAGAAUGGAGAAUCCCUAAAACUGCAACUCCAGGAGUUUACAGAAUAACACACUUUGGGGCAGCAAAAGUACUUUUUGGAUCGAUCAACCAUUUCACAGGCUCAUCUACUGUUUUUGGUGUAGUGUAGGACAUGUACAAAGGUACAUAAAUUGCAGGUUAUCAAUGUCCGUCUUCUAAUUCAAAUCCAAGUUGCUUUACAAGUUUACAUCUGGGACUAUCUUACAGAAAAACACAACUAACAUGGGGAAUGUGUUCUGUAUACAGUUUCUGAAUCUGGACUGUUCACAUUAAAAUUUCGACCUUAAAAGAAAGAAAUACAUGUCAAUUACUACUUAACUAUGUUCAUGUU